AUGGAAUCCACGACCCAGGAGUUCCCCGCCGUCAAGUACGGCAACGUCCCAUACAAUGGGAAACCCAUCCUCUACGUUGUCAAAGCCACCAAGACUUCGUACAUCAACUACAUGAAAGUGUUGAUGUUGGCCGAGGAGCUAAACCUGGACUACGAGAUCUCGGUGGUUGUAACGAAGGACGAGUGGUAUCAGCCGAUCCACCCUGAACGUUACGUGCCCACCAUCCGCGAUAAGGAUUCGGAGACAGACCAAGACAUCUACGUGUUCGAGAGCACUGCCUGUCUUCAGUAUCUCGCGGACAUCUAUGACAAAGAUGGUCUUUGGCACGGGAACACACAGAAGGAGAAGGGUGAUAUCCUUUCGUGGAUAGCGUACCAGACUGCAGGACUUGGGGCGACCUCAAAGUACUGGCUCUACUUCUAUGCCGUUCAUGAUGAGAAGCUGCCAAAGGCUAUUGACAAGUUUUACGCGAAUGUGUUGAAGCAAUGGGACAUUUUGGAAAAACGUCUCUCUCAAGAGGGUCAGACCUACAUCGCAUUAAAGGACCGGCCGACGGUCGCGGACUUGGCAUACCUGCCAUUUGCCAUGCCGUACAUGUUCGAGUUCAUGAAGGUCAAGAUCGAGGACUGGCCCAAAAUCAAAGAAUGGUCUGACCGCAUGCUGAGCCGCCCUGCCGUCAAGAAGAUAUUGGAAUUUGCUCCCACCAUAGGUAACUGA